AUGACUACGGCAGAGAGGAUUUCAGACCCAAGGACUCCGUUAGGAUCCAUACAGAAAGAUCUUGCUGAUAUUAUAGAAACGUUAGUUCAUCUUGGAGUUCAGAUUCAUGAUUUUCAAGGUACAGAAACUGCCAAGUUGGGUCUCGCCAACAAUUUAAAUAAGAUUAUUGAUCAAUUACGAGGUAUAAGUGAUAGAAAGGAUUUACAUAACGUGCAAAUACCGUUGGAUAUAGUGAAUUACGUCGAGGAUGGACGCAAUCCAGAUAUAUAUACUAAGGAGUUUGUCGAAGUUGUUCGCAAGCUUAAUCAAUACCUAAACGGCAAGUCACUGGCUUUCCAAAACUUUAGAGAUACACUGGGGGCCUCGAUAAAGCGUGAAUUCCCUGAGCUCUCGUCCCAAGUUGAUGAUAUCAAAGAAAGGACAAACCUAUGA